AUGACAGUACCAUCAGCGUUGAAACCUCAUUGCCGACCAAACUAUAACGAGGUCCCUCCAAUAGUGAUCAUUGUAUCGGAGGCGCUUCUCAAUUUUUCGUCUGAAACUCUCACGGUCAAUCGCCUACUCGGGCCUGAAGUAUGCAACCAUCACCACACGACUGUUAUCGAUUUCAACAGUAUUGCUCCCACAAUCAUGCAAAAGGCUCUCAAGGAUGUUUUGUUGAAACAGUCUCGCCACUCCAAAAACUUUCGGUUUCCAAGGGCAACCAUGCUACACAAUAUUUCCAGAGUUGGAGACAUUCGAAGUGCUAUUUCUUCCUUGGAAUUUCUUUGUCGGAGGACUGAAGGUAUUGGAGAACCGAUCAAAAGAGCCUCGAGGACUUCAAAGAAAACUCAGGACUCCGAAGAGUUGACGUCCACCGAAAAAGAAGCCUUAGAUUUGGUUACCCAUAGAGAGGCCAGUCUAGGCAUAUUCCAUGCCGUUGGAAAGAUUGUAUACAAUAAACGAGAGGACAAAAACAUCGCAGCAGACGUUGACGGCCUUGCUGCAACCCCCGAUCAUCUCAUCCGCCACGACCGGCCAAAAGUGCCUCAAGUUUCCGUCAAUGAACUUGUUGAUGCGACGGGAACCGACAUCCAAACUUUUGUUUAUGCACUUCAUGAAAACUAUGUUCCGUCUUGUAACGGUCCUUCUUUUACAGAAUACCUUGGUGGGUGCACAGAGGCAUUGUCCGAUAGUGAUGCUUUGUGCUUCAGUCGUGAUAAUGCUCGCAGAUCAUGGGCGGGUGCUAGGGCUGGUAUUAGUGGUGCCAACGCCGGUACCGAUGUGAUUCGACAGCAGGAUAUUAGUUACCAGGUUGCUACUCGGGGUCUUUUAUUUUCUCUUCCUUACCCCGUAAAGCGACAAGCGACAACUGGUGGACGAGUAAACGAGGCGCAUAAAUUGUCGUUCCCGGCAUCAUUGCGCCUAUCAUACGAUACAGAGGAAGUGGAAAGUCUUCUGAACCUGUGGCUGAACAAAGCGCUUCAUCAGGCCACUCAGUCAACAUCAGGUUUGGGAAAGCACGGUGGAGAUACUCGGACUAGAGCCACGGGAGAUUGCAACGGUGCGCAACGACCGAUCGUGACCGUGGUGUCACGUAGUGACAUGCUACUUUAUCAGCUGCCAUAUAUGGCCAGAAUGCCUUGGAACAGGCCAUACUUGCCAGAGCUUAAAAGACUUGUUGAAAUGCGAGGACUGGAUUCAGAGUAUGAGACUCUGGGUGAUCAAGAUGAUUUCCCUUAUCAUUAUCACCCCGGAACUGGUCCUCGUGCGUCGGAUGGGGCUUCAUUGAUAAUGCUCUCACAUGAGAAGUAUGCCGACGGGGCUGAGGAAGGGGGCCUUCUAUUGAGCGACGAGGACAUAGUUGAUGAUUGA